CAUGGUAACAAUGAUGUCAACUGUGAUACUUUGAAGUACAAUGUAAACCUCAUGAUUAUAAGAAUAUGAUAAUCAUUCAGUAUUAAGAUCUAACAGCAUGACUGUACCGCCUUAGAAGUGUUUUACACAGAUUUAUUUCAUGAACCCUGCCCCAUUAACCUACUUUCCUUUUCAGCUUUCCUUUCCAUAAAAGGCCACUACAGAGAGUGUGUAAAGUGUUUACUGUUUCAUCUGAUUUCUGUAAUAACUGCUCGUAUGAUCCUCUGUGUCAGAUGUUGGUGUAAUGUUGAUUUUAAUCUCAGGUUUAUCGGUGAGGAAUCGUCUGCUGCUGGAGUGAAGUGUGAACUGACAGACCACCCUACGUGGAUAAUCGAUCCCAUCGACGGGACGUGUAACUUUGUGCACAGUUUCCCCAUGGUGGCAGUGAGCAUCGGCUUCGCUGUAAGGAGAGAGCUGGAGCUCGGCGUCAUCUAUCACUGUUUCGAUGGGACUCUGUAUACGGCCAGGAGGGGACACGGAGCCUUUUGCAACGGUGUGCGCCUACAGGUGUCGAAAGAAAAAGACGUGUCGAAGGCCCUCAUUCUCACAGAGAUCGGCGCCAAGAGAGACCCUGCAACCCUGGAUAUCUUUUUAGGAAAUAUGAAGAAGAUGUUGAGCGCCCCUACACACGGUGUGAGGAUCAUCGGCAGCUCGACGCUAGCGCUCUGUCACAUCGCUAGCGGCGCGGCCGAGGCCUAUUACCAGUACGGUCUGCACUGCUGGGACAUCGCAGCGGCCGCGGUCAUCAUCAGAGAGGCCGGCGGACACGUCAUGGACACCACAGGAGGCCCGCUCGACCUCAUGUCCAGACGGGUGGUGGCCGCUGGGACGCGUCAGAUCGCAGACUAUGUGGUCAAGCAGCUGCACCCCAUAAACUACGGCCGUGACGACACUGACCCCUGAGUGACCUCUGACCCCAUCCCAAGCCUUUUACCUCGGAGCACACAAUCCUGCCACAUCACAGCUGCAGUCUCCUUUUAACACCUCCAUCCGUUAACAUCCUCUGAUUUCUGUGUUACGUCACUGGAAACAGAUUAAUUGUAAUCACUGGAACCAUAUUUAACUUUGUCCACCUUGUAGUUUAUGAAAUAGCUUGAUCCAUGGAAAUAAUGUUGGCAUGUUGAACACUGGACGUGGCUUCAGAAGCCUUGAAAUCACAAGGAUGCUGCUGAUGCCAAGCUCAGCCCGAUUGAUUUUACAUUAAGAGAUGGAAAUAUCUGCUUUGGAUCGAAGACGAGCAGCUGGUUAUGAUUCCUGCAGAUAUUACAGUCGUGAAAUACUCGCCGCUAAUCAGAUCACCACUCAGGAAUUAAACUGUUAGUUUAGAUAGAGCUGAAGAUUACCUAGCUGUCUGUGAACAAACGCUGAUCAAACCCUUCGCUAAUCAAUCAAACGUAUUCCUGGAAAAUAUCUUAACGUCAUUAAAUGUUUUUAAUGAAGCCUCAUCAAGGCUGUAUUUAUUUGAUCUAAAAACAAACUGUAAAAACAGUAAUAUUGUGAAAUAUUACAAUUUGGAAUAACUGUUAAAUU